AUGGCUACCCCUUCUCCGCCCGAGUCCAAUCCCUCGUUCUCCAUGUCAGCAUACAUGGUCCCAUCAGCUCAUAACUCCUAUCACUCAGACUCUGAAGAUGAGAUCGCCUCUCUGCCUUCAGAAUCUACCACAGCCUCCGACCUUGAGACCUUGUCCGAUGACGAAUACUCCGAUGCGGAGGCGGAAUGGCGGGAAAGCAUCGAGCAAUUGGAGCUACUUCUGACCAUGGUUUUGGUACCAUUCAUUGGGAAAUAUCUAGGCCGGAAAUGUGCAUACUGGAGUUGGACCAGACUUAUGCAAUGGAAGUAUCCAGUCGAGAUAUCUAUAAAGAACCCUGCCCUCUUCAAAGGAGCUGGUGCUGUUGAAGCUUUUGCAACUCUUUAA